UGAACGACGCGUGCGGCGUCGAGCGGCGUCGAGCGGUACCAAACGGCGUCGGGACAGCGGCGUAACCGGCUCUCAGACGCAACGUCCAGACUACUCAUGUUCAUCCCAGAUACUCUGAGAAGCUGCAUGGUGGAACCAGAUGUCUCGACUUACCUGCAGGCUCCUUCUGUCGGACAGGAUGAGUUCCAUCCAUUUAUCGAGGCGCUUCUACCGUUCGUGAAGUCUUUUUCGUACACGUGGUUCAAUCUACAAGCCGCUAAGAGACGCUAUUAUAAGAAACACGAAAAACGGAUGACCUUGGAAGAGGAACGUCAGUGUAAAGAAGAACUUCAGAACGAGAAGCUGGAAGUAAAACAGAAAUGGGCCUCGCGGCUUCUUGGAAAGUUACGGAAGGAUAUCACGCAAGAGUAUCGGGAGGACUUCGUACUGAGUAUUACGGGGAAGAGACCGGCGAUGUGUGUUUUAAGCAAUCCUGACCAGAAGGGCAAAAUGCGUCGGAUCGAUUGCCUUCGUCAGGCUGACAAGGUAUGGAGGCUGGAUCUAGUUAUGGUGAUCCUUUUCAAGGCGAUUCCAUUGGAAUCGACGGAUGGAGAAAGACUAGAGAAGACUGCGGAAUGUGCGCAGCCGGGUCUCUGCGUCAAUCCUUAUCACAUCAACGUUUCCGUCCGGGAACUGGAUCUCUAUCUCGCUAAUUUUAUCACGAGUCACGAGGUCCUGAAUGGCAUCUGCAACGCUAGCAAGGAAGAGGACAGGCGUCGAAAAGGAUACCACGAACUAUAUAACGGUGUUGUCUGCAAUGACACCAUCCUUGCUACGGGUGUCUUCAGCUCCAAAGAGCUCUGGAUGCUUUCAAAAGCGUCCAUACUGCAUGACCUCAGCGACAUGCAGCCUCAAAUAAACGCGAUCAAAAUAGAGCACCCGCCGUACUACUGCAGCAGCUACACCCCUCCAUCCGCAGCUACGACCGCGGAUCACGUUCAGCCGGCGGCUAGCUUCAGUCCACCACCGGUUCAUCAACUAUUAAGAAAUGACAAGACUGAAAAGCCGCCGACAGUCUCGGUUUCGAGUGCGCCAACCUUUUCAUCAGUUCUCAGGCCGGAAGAUGGACAUCGCGGAUUAGACUCUCCUCAUUCGCAAACAGGAUUGCAUUCGCCUCACGAAGGAUUAACCGGUCAGGCCGCCGGUCAAAGUAUGUCUGGACUCGCUUACUAUCAGCCGGAACAUCCAGCGGGAGUAGUAAAAUAUCCUGAAAACGGUCACGAUACUCUUUCAGAUUUCGUGACGUUUGUCUGUCAAGAAGCCGAGAACACUCAACAAUUACCCCAGACGCAGCUAACCGGAUCACGCACUGGUAUACAAAAGUUCUCGCAGUAUUAUCCGAGUUCCAUGUUACCGCCGCCGCCGCCCGCUCCUAUGGCUAGGCCGGUGGCGAUAAUAAGAUCGACGGGUGAGCUGACGGCAACAACCGCCAGCUCACCACCAACGUCCUCCACCGGAUCGCCCACCGAUCCAGCUGAAUUAGGUACUACUAAUCAGGAACAAAUGACCGCUGGUUUGGUUGGUUCCGCUUGCCAGAAUUCUGUUGAACCUACCGGACGGAAGAGUCCCGCCAGAAUUCUCGUUACGCCACACACCAGCAGAGAAUACACAUUCGCUCACUUUCACUCGCAGCCCGGACAGCAAAUCUUCACGUAUCCGACCAUCAGUUCGAUGUCUGGGGUAAUUUCGCCGACAAACUUGUCCCUAUUCUCAUCCCCUGUCUCGGUAACAAGACCCGUUGCCACUCAGAGGCCAGUCUCCAAUGUUCCGCCGCGCUGGAAUACAACGCCGUUUAUUAAUCUGGAGGACGACUACAACAUGAUCGCGCCUAUUAUCGCAGGAACUACCAGCGGCGAGCCAUCGGCUACCAUGGAGGAAGAACGGUACUAUCAUCCUGUGCAUACGAGCGGGGUGGAUAAAAAUAGCAAUGGUAACCUGAUAGGCAACGAACUCGGAGUAAACACAGAUCCCACGUCACAUCAUCAUCAACAACAUCAGCAACAUCAGCAACAACAGCCGCAACAACAACCGCAACAAACGUCUUCGCAACAACAGCAACAAGUAAUGCCAGAUAAGUCUGGCGGACCUAAGUCUCCUCCGUGACAGUGGAGUCUGAGAACAGAAAAUAACGAGAGACUCGCGCCGUAUUUGUCGAGUUCGGCACUUAACGUUAUACCUGAAGCGAAUAAUCGUCGGGAAGUUAUGCCUCGUAUACAAUUACGUGAUUUAAACUUGCGGAGAAUAGAAUAUCUGAGAGUUCGAUCUUAGUUUAUUACGAAGCGAGAAUAAGAAUGCUUUCCAAGGAAUAUCGAGGAAAGAAAAAGUCUGUUUUAUUCGUAUUUAUUGAAAUGUAUCGUUCUAUAGUAUGUACGAGGGGAAAAAGUUUCAUACAUUACAAGAACCUAACCAAUUAUAUAGUCCUUCUAGAGCGUAAUUUAUCGCGAUAGAGUCAGCGACGCUUGGAAUAGAUAACGUCGCCGUGCAUGCCUUAUCGUGCUCGAUAACAGAAAAUUUUCUACACAUGAUGCCGUAGUAAAACGGGACAAUGUUCAAAAUAUAAUAUAAUGUAACGUACACACAUAUAUGUAUGUAUAGGGGGAGAGAGAGAGAGAGAGAGAGACGAAACGUCAUAAUUUCAGCAAAAAUUAAUAAUCUUCCACACUUUAUCCGAGGGGUGUUCUUAGGAUGUCCUCUGGAUGUCUUUAGGAUACCCCUUGGAGGGGUCUUCUUUCACAUAUAUACCAAGUUUCGUCAAUAUAAUUAAUAUAUGAUGGCGCGUUUGUUGUCAAUUACGUAAGUGGCAUUUGUAUUGCACAAAUUCGCUAACUUUGUUCCUCUUUCUUCCCCCCCGCCAAUUCUUCUCGCAUCUUCCUUGCGCGCGUCUGUAUACACUAAAAGCACGGGCAUAGAUUGAAAUGUCAUUGAAAACAUUAUUUCAAUCGAACGGAAGGAAGAAAAUUAUUUUGUCAUCAUCAAAAGGGCGACAAAAGUUGUUUAAUCAUCAGUAUUUUCGGUUAUUUCUGUGAUGAAAGUUCUGUUAAAUUAUAUCAACAUGGCGUGUCUUCCGCAUUCAAAAGAGGUGUUUUGUUUCGUUUAAUCGAAACUCGUGUGUCCUCGAUAUUUUCCUGGGUACCGCACUCGUAUUCAGUUUCUAAAUAUGCACGGCAUGUUAGCAAGAUUAAGAACUACUUGUGCACAAGGUGCAUUAUAAACGCAUUGGGUAAAAAGAAUCUGAUAAUAAAUAUCGUUUUGAUAUAUCUGUAUUACAAACAAUUUUUCGCUUAGUGUAGAUGCCUAGUUUUGCAUUUUAUCAGGCGAGACACGUUUUAUAUUAAACGUAUAUAGUAUACGUUUGAUUUAAAUUAGGAAUUAUAAUAAGAUAACAAAAUAGGUGUACAUAGUGCCGAGAGUUAAUUAUUUGCACGACGAGGACCCAAGUCGACUUCCCUCGUUUAGACUAUUAAUCGGAAACAGAAAUACUGUUUCCGAGGAUCGAAAUCGCAAUUGUAGCAGUGGUAUAAUAUUCUUCCAGUGUUUGUAUUAUAAUAAAAGAUUCGUUAUUUUCGUAGUAAAAUUUUCGCGAUACACGAAUACGUUCUUUUUUUUUCCCGAUAAGUACGAAAUCAUAAUAUUUUGUAUAAAUAGUAUUUACAUCAUGUAAUCGCGACAGAAAUAACUUGAAGAUGGAUAGAAAUGUUUGUAUACUAAGCUUCCGUUAUAUAAAACUAGGAAUAACGCGUCAACGCAGUUGCUCCUGAGAGCGCGGACUACUCCUUUCUCCCACUUUAUCCAAUCAAACCCCUUUCGGAAGAUCAUCCCAUUCUUCUCGAUUCAAUACAACAACUUGCACUAUUCCAUGGUUUUUCGAAACAUCGAUCGCACGAACGCAUCAAUCUCAUAGAUUGGUUUCGAUCUUUUUAUGCUGAAAUUUUUAAUAUGCCGUGCUCUUGUCGACGAUUCUGCAUAUAUCGACGCGUUUCGACAUUUCUCUGCGAGAAGCUACUUUUAUAAUUAUUCUAUAGUUGGCGAGCGACCGAGAAUUAAUACAGAUAUUUGCAGAAUUAUAUAUCAGUGCAUCACAUAGUGACAAGUAAGUAUCAAAGUGAAGUUGGACAGGAACGAAAUUUGUUAUUCGGAAUGUAUCGCAGAAAUGUGUUGGCACGAAUGAUUCGCGACAUUUCUAACUAACAUAUGGCCAAUAAUCUAACGUCGAGGAAUUAUAUUGCUUCUUUCUUCUGUAACGAUAUCAAUAAGCAGGAAACUUUUUGGAAAGAGACAAGAUGAACGCGUCGAUAAUGUGGGGCAAAUUAUUCAAACAGAGAAUCAUCGCAGAUCAGCGAAAUGGGACAUAGAUGAUAAUAAAUUGAAGUAUAUUAAGUAAUCGGCUAGCAUAAAAUAGGAUGCGAAACAAUUUGUGACAACUAGUCAUCAAAGGCUGCUAGUUAGAGACAAGAUGGAUUUGUCGGAUAAUAAGCGCUUAACUACUUAUAAAUAUUUUAUGAUAUUGCAUCGAAGGUAACACAACGUAGAGAAUGAAUGAGUAAGCGACGAAUGUGAUUAUCGUUAACAAACAUAAUUUCUUCCAAAGUCUCUUUCAUCGACAAUGUAGAUUCCAGGAAACUUGGUUUGAUGUGCCAGGCCAAAUUUGUCAUUAUUUAUAAUGUAUAAACAAAAUACUUGGUUGUAUGCUACAUUAACUACCUUCUUUUAAUCAGACGAUGCUGAAAGACGCUUGGA